CCCCGCGUUCCCGCUUUCGCGCACGCGCAGUCAAGGAGGAGCGGCCCGGGGGAGGCUCCGCCCCUGCUGCUCGCCGGGCUGCGAUUGGUGCGCUGACGUGCCUGCCCCUUCUGAGAGGACCGCUCAGCUGUUGGUUAGGUUUAAAAUGGGCGGGCGCCGAGCCGCGGCGGGUUUGUGCCUCUGCGGGUGUGUGAGGUGCGGCGCUCCCCGGCUGCGGGCCUGACGCGCCGUGCGGUCGCUUCCGGGUGGCCGAUUUCUCCGCUCUGAGUUCCUGACACCUCAAUGGCAGACCAAUCAAUGGCAGACCAAAUGACCCGGCUGACACUGAAACUCUUGGGACAGAAGCUGGAGCAAGAACGAGAGGAGAUGGAAGGGGACUGUGAGGACUCCCACCUUGUGCCAGGCAAGGACGACGGGCUGGACACUGCCCUGCAGAGCGCUCUGCGGAGAAGGAGGGACCUUCUGCAGCGACUCUGGGAACAGCAGCUGCUGGAUGACCUCUCUCGGACCCAUGCCUGGAGCAGCCCAAAAAGAGCAACCUGUGGAUCAGCUCCACCUCCAGAGGUGCCCCCAGCGGGUGUCCACCCCACCCCCUCCCUGCCUCCAGCAGCCCCAGAGCCACCGCGCGUCAUCCUGCACUCGGCUCCCCAGCCUCCUGCCACCAUCAUUCAGCAGCUACCUCAGCAGCCACUCAUCACACAGAUCCCUCCACCCCAGGUCUUCCCCACUCAAAGGUCAGGAAGUAUUAAGGAAGACAUGGUGGAGGUGAUGCUGAUGCAGAGUGCACAGAUGCACCAGGUCCUGCUGCAGGGCAUGCUGCUCAGAGCCCUGCCCCCGGCACCCCAGUGGGCGAACGCAGCUGUCCGGGCUGAGAGGCCGAAGCCGCCCCCAGUGCAUCAUCACCACCACCACUACUCAUCCACAGCCCUGCUGCAGGGCGGCCCCAGCCCCAUCGCUCCCGUCAGCUAUGCCACGUGGCCCCCAGUGAUCACGGCCACCACUGUCCCACCCACAGCUGGCUUGCCACCCACCAUGCACCACACCACUGGCCCUGCGCACCCUUAGCACGUGUGUCUCACUGGUACUGGUGAGCAGCAGGGUCUUCCACCUUUGCUGCCCUCCACGGGCAUGGUCAGGAAGCCAGCCUAAAGCACAUCACAGGACUGGCAGCUCUGCCAAGUACAAGGGCUUCAUUAGGAAUGAGUUGAAGAACUCCUGGAUUGGAAGCCUCGCAGCAAAGGUAGCAGCUGUGGAUGUUCCCUUGGGACACCCUGAGCAAAGUCAUACGGGAUCACUGGGAACACUCGCUCACCAUACGCAUGGAAUGGGCUCCUCGUGUUGAAGUGAGAAAAACCAAAGAACAUGUGUACAAUGUGACUCUGAGGACACAACGUAUACAGUCACGUACCCUUAGUGGAGGCAAUGUGUUUUGAGGAAGGCCUUGGCAGUUUUUCAUCGCAUGGACAUCACACAGUUAGCUGUGAUGCAGACCCUUACAGUGCAGCCUUCUGUGCACCCGGCCUACAAGGAACAGGUCAAGGCUUCUGGGUGGCAAACCCUAGUGUGUGCGCUGUGCUUGAACGUGGAGGCCUGCUGCAGACCUCAAGGUCGUGUUCUCACACUGUACCAUUUCUACAAGUAACCUUUUCUCUCUUCAGUAAAGUAACCUUAGCCUACUUUAACUUCUCUCCCUUUAAGACUUUCAAAAACUUUUGAUUCUUGUAAUAAUAAUUAGCUUAGGGGCCAGGGCUGUGGCGUAGCAGGUAAAGCCGCUGCCUGCAGUGCUAGCAUCCCACAUGGGUGCCGGCUCGAGUCCUGGAUGUUCUACUUCUGAUCUGGCUCUCUGCUAUGUCCUGGGAAAGCAGUGGAAGACAGCCCAAGUCCUUGGGCUCCUGCACCCACGUGGGAGACCCAGAAGCUCCUGGCUCUUGGCUUUGGAUCGGCAUAGCUCCGGCUGUUGUUGCCAUCUGGGGAGUGGACCAGCGAAUGGAAGAACUCUCUCUGCCUCUGCUUCUCUGUAACUCUGCAUUUCAAAUAAAAUAAAUAAAUCCUUUUAAAAAAUAAUACUUAAAAAAUAAAUAAUAGCUUAAAACACAAACACAAGGGCCGGCGCUAUGGCACAGUGGGUUAAUGCCCUGGCCUGAAGCUCCGGCAUCCCAUGUGGGUGCCAGUCCAAGACCCGGCUGCUCCACUUCUGAUCCAGCUCUUUGCUAUGGCCUGGGAGAGCAGUAGAAGAUGGCCCAAGUCCUUGGGCCCCUGCACCCACGUGGGAGACCCUGAAGAAGCUCCUGGCUCUUGGCUUCGGAUCCACCCAGCUCCGGCUGUUGUGGUCACUUGGGGAGUGAACCAGUGGAUGGAAGACCUCUCUCUGCCUCUCCUCUCUCUGUGUAACUCUGACUUUCAAAAAAAUAAAUAAAUCUUUAAAAAACACAAACACAGAGGUGGGCAUUCAGCCUAGUGGCUAAGAUGCUGGUCAAGACUCCCAGAUAGACCUGUAUGGAGCUCCUGGCUUCAGCCUGGCCCAGCCCUGGCUUUUGUGACCAUUCAGAGUGUGAACCAGAUGAAAAACCUCUGUCUCUGUCUCUCUGCCUUUCAUAUAACUAAAUCGAUCUUAGGAAAAGAGUACAACAAUUAGAUCUGAAUAGAGUUCCCCAAACUCUAACUGCUCCCACCUCCCACAUCAGAGUGCCUGGAUCUAAUGCUUGACUUUGGCUCCUGACUCCAAUUUCCUACUAAUGCGCAUCCUGGGGGCGGCAGAUGACGGCUCACGUAGCUGGCUCCCUGUACCUACAUGGAGAUUUGUAUCGGGUCCCCAGAUCCUAGCUGUUAUGCUGCCUGCCUCUCAGACCAAUAUAGAAUGUUAAACCCAAGCACAUGUGGUUAAUGGGACUUUUCCAGCUCUGUGUAAUCUCACUGCACCCCUACUCAUUCACUGCCUGUCAUUGAUCUGCACAUCACUGGAACUCUGUGUGUGUGUGUGUGUGUACACAGAGUACACUAUGCACAUGGUGUGGACCCACAUGCCGGCAGGGGGAGCUUUCUCCUGGAAGUGGAGUGCAAGCUACAGAGAAGCAGUUCCUGCCAGAGCUGAGAAGGGGCUUCUCUGGUCCACUCGCUCCACGGGCCUGUGAUACUCCCUUCGCUCCUCCCUAUUUGUUAUUGGUAGAAUUAUAUUUCCUUUGUUUUUAGUGUUGCAUUUCUUUAAACAUUAUCUUUAAGUGUUAAGUUUACAUUUUCAUUCUUGGCUU